UGGCCUCGUCGGCUCCUCCGUGCUGGUCCGGCUAUUGUUGUGUGUCUUUCAGGGCAACCCUAACCUAUCAGCGGGCGGUGGUUUCUGGAUAUUUUAACUGUUUUGCUGAGCCCUCACCCCGCCAUAUUAAGCAGUCUUUGUCAGCUGGCGGCGUGUCCUCGUGUUAACGGAAUAGAAAGGAUCCCAGCGGAGGACUUUGGGCUGGUGAAGUAGUUAAUCGGUAUGGGACAGACGGAACACUGAUUCCACGUUAGAGACUGCUUGUGUCGGCUGUUUCCACUUCUUUGGAUUGUCGACGUAAAAUAGAAACGUGGAAAGAAAAGACCACAGGACGCAUGUAGCCAAAGUACAACACUGCAAAGGUCGCUUUUAAGGCUAGACGAUGGGUUGUGUCCGGAGUAAAGAGGACAAGGGCCCGGCGCUGAAGUACCGACCUGACAACGCAAAUGCCACACCGGUCAACACCCACCUGGGCCACUACGGGCCUGAUCCCACCCUGAUGGGUCAUUCCCCAGCUAUGAAGACACACAACAACAGCUACAACAGUCACGCUGCCGGCCUCACGCCCUUUGGGGGGGCGUCUUCAAUAAUGGCGCCCUUUGGCGGGCCCUCCACCUCCUUCACCUCAGUGGCGGUGAACAGUCCCUUCCCCGGUGUCAUCACAGGUGGUGUCACAUUUUUCGUAGCGCUGUACGACUAUGAAGCCAGGACGUCAGAUGAUCUGUCGUUCAAAAAAGGAGAUCGCUUCCAGAUUAUCAACAACACGGAAGGCGACUGGUGGGAGGCUCGCUCCAUCAAUACGGGACAGAAAGGUUACAUCCCCAGUAACUACGUGGCUCCAGCAGACUCCAUACAGGCUGAAGAAUGGUACUUUGGUAAAAUGGGCCGCAAAGAUGCUGAGCGUCUCUUAUUGCUUCCAGGGAACCAGCGGGGCACUUUCUUGGCACGAGAGAGUGAGACGACCAAAGGUGCCUACUCUCUGUCUAUCCGGGACUGGGAUGACGUGAAGGGAGACAAUGUCAAACACUACAAGAUCCGUAAACUGGACAACGGCGGUUAUUACAUCACCACUCGGGCCCAGUUUGAGACACUGCAGAAGCUGGUGAAACACUACACAGAACAUUCGGAUGGUCUGUGCUACAGGCUGACAACUGUAUGCCCCACGGUGAAGCCUCAAACUCAGGGACUAGCUAAGGAUGCCUGGGAAAUACCGCGAGAGUCUCUCCGACUGGAGGUCAAACUUGGCCAGGGCUGUUUCGGAGAAGUCUGGAUGGGCACAUGGAAUGGCACCACUAAGGUGGCCAUUAAGACCCUGAAGCCAGGCACCAUGUCCCCGGAGGCCUUCCUGCAGGAGGCUCAGAUCAUGAAGAAACUCCGACAUGACAAACUGGUGCCUCUCUACGCUGUGGUCUCUGAGGAGCCUAUCUACAUUGUAACAGAAUUUAUGGGCAAAGGUAGUUUACUGGACUUCCUGAAGGAGGGCGAUGGUAAAUAUCUGAAGCUGCCCCAGCUGGUGGACAUGGCUGCCCAGAUCGCAGACGGCAUGGCCUUCAUCGAGAGGAUGAACUACAUUCACAGGGACUUGAGAGCUGCCAACAUCCUGGUGGCUGACAACUUGGUGUGUAAGAUCGCUGACUUUGGCCUGGCCCGGCUUAUCGAGGACAACGAGUACACCGCCAGACAAGGUGCUAAAUUCCCCAUCAAGUGGACGGCCCCCGAAGCUGCUCUGUACGGCCGCUUCACUAUCAAAUCUGACGUCUGGUCGUUUGGUAUACUACUGACUGAACUGGUGACCAAGGGCAGAGUGCCGUACCCAGGUAUGGUUAAUCGAGAGGUACUUGAGCAGGUAGAACGAGGUUACCGCAUGCCCUGCCCCCAAGGCUGCCCCGAGUCCCUCCAUGAGAUGAUGAGGCAGUGCUGGAAGAAGGAGCCAGAUGAAAGGCCGACCUUCGAAUACAUCCAGUCCUUUUUGGAAGACUACUUCACAGCCACAGAGCCACAGUACCAACCAGGAGACAACCUCUAGUAUGGGGGAUUUGAUGGGGGAUUUGGGGCCAAACUCUGGCGUCAUAAAGAGGUACAUCAGCGGAGAUCAAAGCUUGGGACAACAGAGAACUUCAACAAAUGGGAAAAGCCUUGAUGAGGCUGAAGAGAAAGAGGUUUUAAUGCUACAAACUAAUCCACAACCACACUGGUAUAUCUGUAAGUGCAAGAAGAAAAUGUUUCCUGAAGUAGUGGUUUGUCCCUUGUGUACCCAGGGACCAAAUGUUUGGGGUGGGAGGGGAGUGUCCAGCUGAGCAGAUUGGUGCUGGUACGUUAAGCUCUGGGAACCCUGUUAAUCAGAAUAAUAAUCUAUAUGGCCACAACACUGUGAUCAAAAAGAGAGGGAUCCGAUUUCAGAUCAAUGACUUCUUGCAGAUGCACAGUUUUUUUUUUUAGAACUUUUUUAGAUGAUCAAUUUCCCCUCUCUCCUCCAAUGUUCCCCCUUUUUUUAUUUUACAACAGAAUUCUUUGAUAUUGAAGUCAAGAUCUUUACAUGUACAUGAGUUUGGUUUGAAUAUGUAGGUUGAUAAGUAUGUUUUCUGAGUGACCUGACAACUGUGGCUGAAUUGUCAAAUAUGUGCUGUAACUGUUAAGCUUUGAUGGCGAGGAGAAGUAAAAGAAAAAGGGGUGUUCUUUAUGGAUGCAAGAAUGUACUGAGAGAUCAAAGCAGAUGUACAUACAGUAUGUGCAAAGAGAUGUGUUUUUAGCAGGUGUGAUCAGGGGAAUGAAUGAGAACAUGAGAAGUGAUUUGUAUGAUUCUUUUAAACACGGUCACUUGAAUGGCAAAUCACGCUGAUUUAUUAUGCUUUUUCUUCUUUCUUUUUUUUCAUUUAAACAGGGACUUGAAAUCAUAAAGUGGUAUUUUCAUUAUAAGUGCAAAAACAUUUUUCCUGUUUAAUGUUUUGAAAUGGACAUUUCAGCUGUGAAAUUUAAGUAAGAUUGAGUUCAUUUCUGUCUGAAAUUAGCAUCUUGUCAUUUGUUCUGUGCACAACUCUUGAUUGCUGUAAAAUAAUGUUUCUCCUUAUAUUGCACACAUCUACAUAGUGUAACAUUGCAGUAGACAACUCAUCCCAUGAUAGAUACUCCAGGAAACUAUUGUUAAAUUCACAUGUAUACAUCAUGUAAAUACAUGCAGUUCUAGGAUUUCUUUCUUUUCUCAGUAAAUCCCACCGACCUGUGAUUAAACAUGCCUUCAAUGUCUUUAGUUCUGUGUGUGCUGCAGGGAAAGUUUUAAUCCAAAACCAACAUUGCAUAAAAUUGAAUUUCUUAAUUUGUAAAUGCAACUAUGCAAAGUCAACAGGUGAUGUUUUAUGGAAUGAAGAGUCUCUCAUGGCAUUUGCCUGUGUCAAGCUCCCCUUUAUGGUUUUCUGAUUUGAAGUCCCCCGUUGUAGAGAUGAUGGAUCACUUCUGGAGUGAAGUAACUAGAAGCAGACAAAACAAACACCUUUGUACACGCUGUGGUCAGGUCAUGGGCUUUUUGCUUUUAUAGUUAUUGAGAAUAUAAAAGUCUAAUAACACGUUCUUAGAGGUACUUCCAAAGUCUGUCCACCGGUAUGUCAUGGGGAAAUGUGAGAAGAUGUAAAGGCAUCCUCUUAUUGGCAUUCACGAAGUAAGCUUAAGAAUUGGACGAAGAUGUGAACAUUUUUCUGUUUCUUUUUGUGCGUCACUCACAGCCUAAUAUGUGAUUGUUCCUAAACAUGGGACUUGAACUAGUGGGGAGAUGCUAAUGAAAUUAAAGAGAAUGGUAACUAAUAUGAUUUUGUACAGAAAAAAUAAAGGUUUUACUGAAAGGUU